AUGUCUCAGCUGCAGCAGCAAAAGCGCGUCGAAGCGGCCGCGCAGCUCAAGCAGGCGGAGAAAGCCCUGACCAGGUGCUCGUUCUGGCUCGUUCAACUAUCUCUCGGCCGCGCCGCUUCUGAAUAA